AUGAAGUGGAGUUUGUAUCGCUGUGUGGUUUUGCUGCUGUGGCAGGUUAUCGGGUUUGCUGCGGCGAACAAGGAGAAACUGAACAAGAAGAACUAUGAGGUUUGCUCCGGUAUGUACUCCAAGAACGACUGGCACGGGAAAGUGGACCCGUUCAUCUCGUUCAACUUGAAGAAGCUGAAAAGUGAGUACGGGGAGGAGAGUAGUGUCUCUGUGGCCAUCUACGAUUUCCAGGAUUACUUGCACCUCGGGGUCCAAAGGCCCGAUGGAACCCCACAGUAUAUCUGUGACGACUACGCGAUCGGUGCUGGACUCUGUGAGGAUGCUGACCGUGGGACUUUCAUUGUCGAGAAGACAAGUUACGAUCCUUUUGACAAGGAGAACAAGACGCUGGUGAAUCCAAUCAUGACCUUUUCGCAGGACUCUGUUGGGUUACACGACACGAAGUACCCUAUCUCGAAGACCGGGUUCUAUUGUGUGACCGUCUUUACAAGUUCCGAGGACGUUGAUUUCAACGCGGUCGUCAAUUUCAGAAACUCGUACGGGCAUCUGUCCGGUGCGGAGAUCAACAAGUUGCCCCUGUACGGGCUGCUUGCAGUUGGAUACGUUGUCGCGAUGUGUCUGUUCCUCUUUGCCUUUUGGAAGCACAAGCACGAGUUGUUACCGCUACAGAAGUACGUUCUUGCCUUCUACGUGUUUUUGACCGCUGAGACGAUCUUUGUCUGGGCAUACUUUGACUUAAAGAACGAGAAGGGGGACGUUGCAGGGACAAAAGUGUACAUGGUUUUUCUGUCGCUGAUGACCGGUGGUAAGAUUGUGUUUUCUUUCUUCCUGUUGCUGAUUGUGGCACUAGGGUACGGGAUUGUGUACCCGAAAUUGAACAAGACACUGAUGAGACGGUGCCAGUUCUACUCCGCGUUCAGCUACGUUGCCUGCUGCGCGUUCCUGAUCCACAGCUACCUGUCGGACCCGGAGGCACCCUCGCCCCUGAUCUUCAUCAGUUUCGCGCCCUUCGUGGUCACGAUGGCAGGGUUCUACAUCAUGAUCUUGCGGUCAAUGACCAAGACGGUCGGAUACUUGAAGGAGCAGAGACAGGUGGUGAAACUGGGGAUGUACAAGAAGCUGUUGAUGAUUCUGUACGGUGCGAUGGUGGUGCUGAUGAUCGGGCUUGUCAUCACGUCGAUCAUCUUCACGAGCAUGAACUCGAUCAAGAUGGUGGAGAAGAACUGGCGGUCGCGUUUUUUCUUCACAGAUUUCUGGCCCUCGCUCGUGUACUUCUGCGUCUUCGUCGUGAUCUCGUUCAUUUGGAGACCCACAGACACGUCGUACAUGCUUGCCGUGUCCCAGCAGUUGCCCACUGACCCAGAGAACGUCGCAGACUUCGACCUUAGCGACUUGCAGUCUCUGGGAGAACCCCUUGACGACACAGAACUCGGUAACGACGACAACCUUAGCAUCGUGACCAACGACGACAACUUCCAGGGGUCUCCGCAACAAGCGGCAGCUGACCUGGACAACGAACCGGACUUCAAUUUCGACGAUACCGAGGAGGGCCCAGACUCUACAAAGAACAAGUGA